UUGUGUGACAGCUCUGGUACCUUGACAACUGUGUCCCGCUUUCAUCCACAGUGAAAACACACAGCUUGUGAUCAACUCUAAUGGAGACGACAGGAGUUCGUGAGAUUGAUGUGGCGAAUAGAAGAAUUGUGGGAGGCAGUGAUUCCCCACCGGACCUGGACAGCCCAUCUCAGGAAGAGGUUGCAGAGUUUGGUUUGGAGUUGUGCUGCACUGAGGAGGAGAGAGGGGAAACGCCAGGCAGAGAGGACAGUCCCAGUGACCUCGGCGAGGCAGAGCUUGAUCCUGGAGGAGACAUGAAGACCAGAGAGGACAAAACCUUUGGGAAGGAAGUUGUUCUUUUAAUGCAAGCCCUUAACGCUCUAGCCACUCCAGAGGAGAAACUAGCAGCUCUGUGCAAGAAAUAUGCAGACCUGCUGGAGGAGAGCCGCUGCAUGCAGAAGCAGCUGAAAGCCCUGCAGAAGAAACAGUCUCAGAUAGUAAAGGAGAAGAUCCACCUACAGGGGGAACACAGCAAGGCCAUCCUGGCUCGCAGCAAGCUGGAAAGUCUCUGUAGGGAGCUACAGAGACACAACAAAACACUGAAGGAGGAGAAUGCCCAGCGGUCCAGGGAAUACGAAGAGCAGCGGAAGGAGGCAAUGCUGCAUUUCCAGAUGACCUUGGGUGAUAUUGAGGUUCAGAUGGAACAGCACAGCUCCCACAACACCAAGCUGAGGCAGGAGAACAUGGAGCUAGCUGAGAAGCUCAAAAAGCUCAUUGAGCAGUAUGAGCUCCGAGAGGAGCACAUAGACAAGGUGUUCAAGCACAAGGAACUGCAGCAGCAGCUGAUGGAUGCCAAGCUGCAGAGAAUCACCGAGAUGAUGAAAGAAGUUGAGGAGAAGCAACAACGAGAGAGAGACUUUCUGCUGAAAGAUGCCACGGAGUCCAGACGCAAGUGUGAGCUGAUGAGGGAGCAAGAAACACAGCUUAAACAACAGCUCUCCCUGUACAUGGACAAGUUUGAGGAGUUUCAGAGCACUCUGGCUAAAAGCAAUGAAGUCUUCACCACUUUUAGACAAGAGAUGGAGAAGAUGACCAAGAAGAUCAAGAAGCUGGAAAAGGAAACGACACAGUGGAGGACCAAAUGGGAGAGCAAUAACCAGGCCCUGCUGCAGAUGGCAGAGGAGAAAACGCUGCGUGACGGCCACUUCAAGGCACUGCAAGGAAAACUGGAGCUGCUGGAGAGGCUAUGCAGAGCUCUGCAGAAGGAGAGGAAUGACUUGAACAACCGGCUCAGCCUCCUCCAGGAGCAGGGAGACAAAGGGACCACAGCACCUCCUGAUGCCCAACCACGGGAGCCUUCAGCUGAGGAGGAGGAUGAGGAGGAAGAGGAAGAGGUGGUAGUGGUGGAGGAGGAGGGGGAGGAGGAGGAAGAGGAUGAGGAAGAUUCUGAGGAUUUGGCACAGGGUGAUGGGCUGGAGACACAGGGGGUCCACCAAGAUUUGAGAUCAUCUGAAAUGGAUCUCACUGACAAAACCACUGCUGCUGUGCCAACAAGUAGCCAGUCUGCAGAGAGGCCAACCAUACAGCAGGACUGAAUUAGUCGACAUAACCCGUGUGGAGGUGAGAAGGGUGUGAUAGGAAAGCUCUACGCAUCUCCAGCCUUGUUCCAUAACUAGCCAGAAAAACGAUGGAGAUUUCAUUUCUUUUGUUCAUUGUAGACUUGCCUCUCCAAAUUUCUACACGGAAAAUGAACCCAUAUCUUUUUGUGCGAUAGAUUAAGAACAAUACAAUGAUUAUAUCAAGGAUUCCGUUCUAAAACUUUGCCCACGUUUACAUUGGUUUUAAUAAUUGGCUUUGUGGCGAGCACUUCGUACUCCCUGUUUUCUACCAUAACUGUAUUUUCAUAGAAAACUUCCAUGCAGUCAGUUUGAAGCUGUGUAGUCUAAUUAGCCUUUUAUUUCUCUCCACAUGGUCUCUCCCUCCAGUGUCACAUGUCUUGUGUUUGGAAAUUCUACUUUGAAUAAAUUCAAACAUAGGUACUUCACAUGCA